ACGCACCAUGGACCACUACAAGGAGGGGAGACCAAUGAAUGCUGUCGUCUGAACACAAGAGACAGUCUAAAAAGACAAGCGAGUCUAAUCUUGAUUAAAACACACACAUCACUGUCUGGGGGGACCGGGAGGGAUUGUCACAUUGAUCCCAGUAAACAGAGUCAACGUUAGUCGCGGUGCCGUUUUGGGACAGUCCGCCUUGUUGAUAUCCAGAGGAGCUGAAGGCCCGGGCUGUGGACAGCCUGCUCUUAGCCCCACGGUCUUUAGGAGCCCAUAAAAUAUGAUUCAUAGGCAACAACAAUGACGUCCAGAUUUGGUAAAACCUACAGUCGGAAGGGAGGGGAGGGCACGUCCAAGUUUGAUGAGGUACUGUCCAACAAGAGAGCCACCCUCAGCACCAAAUGGGGCGAGACCACCUACAAAGCCAAAGUGAGCUCCAAGCGCGUCGCCCCUGCCAGCAGUGCUGCAAAAAUUGACGCUCUGCGGGAAGGCCACAAGCGGCCCCGCAUGACAGAUGACAAAUCAGAGGAUCCAUAUGGCUUUGACAGCGACGACGAGUCCAAACCGGUGUCAUCCCGGUCAGGGAGCAAGCCGUCCCCGGCCAAGCCCGCCUCCGCUGAGCCUCCCCAGGCCGAGAGGCCUGGCUUCUCGCUGGAUACCUCCAGCAGGUCCUCCACCGCCCUCCAGGGCUGGUCCCUGUCCUCUACGCUCAGUAGGGGGACCUCAGCUGCAUUGAGCAGUGACCGGAGCCAGCCCAGGGUCUUGGAGAACACUGCAGUCUUCUUCAAUACCACCACCACUGCCUCCACUACAGGCAACAAGUUCAAGCAUAGCUCCUCUCCUGCCUCGUCUGAGAAGCAGCACAGCUACUCUUGGUACCGGAACGCCUCAGAGAGCGACAAGAAGCCCAUGGCGUUGACCACGACGCUGAAGACGGAGUCCAAGGGGGACUCCUCCUCUUCCUACGACGCCUGGGACGCCAUCAUGGGCCUCCCCUCUCCUUCGCAAAGCCAAGCCCCCCGCAACCCCCCUUCAACGCAGUGGGCCUCCAGUGUUAGCGCCACUAGCGGAUAUGCACUGGGGCGCAGCGGGGCAUCGGGCCUGGGCCUGGCGGCGGGCCGGACCAGGGAGCAGCAGAAGGUCCCUUCUCCCCCGCGACCACACAGCCCCGGUGAGAGCGAGGAUUUCGGGAGCGAUUGGGACAUCCCGGUCGAGCCAUCGUUGGACCAAUCCCAGACCUCCUCUUCCUCGCUUCUUCGAAGCACCAAUUGUCGGACGUACAGGAGACCCAACAAGCAGGGUGCCGGGAAGUCAUCAGAUCCUGGCGGUGUGCCUGCUGCUGGCCCCCCCAAGAACCCGUCCGACACCAGUAAUAAGCCAAGCGGCAGUGGGAGGGGCCGGGCCAGGGACUUCACCGUGCUCCACCCUUCCUGCCUGUCGGUGUGCAACGUCACCAUUCAGGAGCGAGGGGUGGAGGACUUUACCAGUGGCGGGCCGCCCUCUAGUGGUGGUGUCGUUGGUGGUGGUGUCGCUGGUGGUGUUGGUGGUGGUGGUGGUAGUAGCGAUGUAAGCGGUCUUGGUCUCGCUACCUCAGGCAGUGCUGUCGAACUCGCUGAGGCAGGAUGGCAGCGUAAGAAGAGUGAAGCGGAGGUGACCAAACCCAGGGUGAGGCCUGCCCAGAGCAAAGUGAAGAAGGACGCCAAGAAGGACCUGUUUGGGUUUGACGACCCCGACGUCCAGCAGGGAGCCGACCACAGCGACCAACCAGCGGGCAGCUCCAAUUACAAGAUUAAAUACUUUGGCUUCGACGACAUGAGCAACAGCGACAGCGAGCAUGAUGAGGCCCCUGGCGAGCACGCCAUGCUCUCCAAGAGGAGGAAGAAGGCCAAGAGCGUCAUGGAGUUGGACAUGGUGGAGUCCCCGGUCUCCAUGGAAACACCCGUGGACAGCCCGCCCGACCCCUUUGACAGAUGGAAGGCCCUGGAGGAACUGGAGGCUAAGGAGAAGAAAACCACAGAGAUCCGGCGGCCAGACAGAAGUAUGGGAACAGACUCCCUGGCAGAGAGCCUCAGGGUGGCCCAGGCCCUGCUCUCCCCAAGGAGGCCAGCCAGCAGCAAGCAGGCUGACAAGAACCAGGAGAGCCACCGACGCAUCUUCAAGAAGUCUCCUACCAAGGCGGUCUACAACGCCAGACACUGGGCCGUGGACAGUGAAGAGGACGCCCCCCCCAGUGGUGUCUUUGCCUCGAUCACAGACCAACACCGUGGUGGCCUCGGGCUCCACCAAGGACUCCAGCUCCCAGAAGGACGAUGGGCUCUUCAAAGCCCCCCCCGCCGCCCCCAGGGUCACCAAAGUCCACCACCAUCCCCACAGAGCCCUACCAGGACAUGGUCCACUGCACUCAAGUGUCGCAAAGGAGCACACAGAGGUAGGCUGUUCACGGUGGUGCAGCACGUGAAGCACUUCAACGAUGUGGUGGAGUUUGGGGAGAACCAGGAGUUCACGGACGACUUUGAGUACCUGGCCACAGGUCUCAAGAGUGGACAGCCCUUGAACACACGCUGCCUUAGGGCCCCGUCCACUGGGGAACCUUCCCUCGUCUCACCCAUAGGGCCCAGUCCACUGGGGAACCUUCCCUCGUCUCACCCAUAG